CUCAAAAUUCAGACAUCCAUUACCGUUAGUCGAAGUGAUAGCAUAGCUGCUCAAUGGCAUUGACAAUCUCGAACAUACUGCACUGCCCCAAUUCGAGUUUCUCCCACAAGAAUUUCCGUCCCAGAAUUUCUACCUCUCUCAGGUAUCCCAAAACAACAUCAUGGAGUGGUAGAAAGAUUAUCUGUGCAGCUGCUUCUGCAGCAGGAAACUCUAAUCCUGACAAUGAUUUCAAUCCUUAUGAGGUUCUGGGUGUAAGCCCCAUUGAGAGAUUUGACAUGAUCAAGGCAGCAUAUACAAAAAAAAGGAAGGAGGCUGAGAUGAACGGCGAUGAAGCAACUGCUUCCAGACUGGAAAAGGCAUAUGACAAAGUCAUGAUGGCUCAAUUGACAAAUCGGAAAAAGGGUGUGACUUUUGGAUCAUUUAAGGUUUCAAAGGACAUCAAGUAUGCCGACAAGCAGCCAAUUAUACCUUGGGGGCCAAGGUUUACCAAAUCAAGUACAAAUGAUAUACGCAUCAACUUGGCAAUUUCCGCUGUCUUUACAGCUUGGAUCCUUGUCAAGCGCAAUGCUGAAUAUAAACCUUUGCAGUUUUUAGCCUUUGCUUUUGUUUAUAGGCUUUUUGAGAAGUUAAAAUCCUUUGAAUCUCCUGUAACCCCAAUAUAUAAUGAAGAUGGUGAGGAUACAGGAGAAGGACUGCGCAUGGGAAAACGACUGAUCAGAUCACUGGCCUUGAUUUUUGGAUGUGUAGCUUUUUCAUCUUUGGCAUACACUCUCGUUUUGAACAUAUUUGAGUAUGCAAGUGGUUAUAUUCCUGCUUUUCUUUACAGCAGUCAGGAGUUGAUAAUCACCGCUUCAUCGGCAGUCAUGCUUUAUAUUUUGGCAUCUUAUUAUAGAUAGUGGAGCUCUCUUGAAGACGAAGACCUUGCAUCUAGUCAUCAUAGAAAUACUUUUUUCAUUUUCUUUCCUUUUUUUUUCCCCUUCUAUUGUUAACUGAAUUCUUCCGGUGUUUCACUCUCGAAUUUUGUCAAACGAGAAAUGCAAUUUACCUUGUUAAAAGUAGGAAUAGUGUUAAUUUCAAAUUUUGUUACGGUUGAAUGUUGUGUAUGAUAUAUAUAUAUAGUCUU